CACAUCCCACCAUCCCACAUUAUAAAAAACCUCCUACCUGAUAUUUUCCUGCUCACGUUCUUCUCUCAUUUAUCAAAAUACAAUCACAAUGAGUAAGGGUCCAUCAUACCUCAUCCUAGGCGCCGGGGUCUUCGGCGUCUCGACAGCCUACUACCUCAUCAAAUCCAACCCCAACGCCUCCAUAACACUCGUCGACCGUGACGCCUUCGACGCCGAAACCCGCGUCGCCGCAUCCUGGGACUGGAACAAGGUCGUACGCGCCGACUACGCCGACAUCGACUACUGCAGGCUAGCCCUCGAAGCACAGGAUAUAUUCAACAACGACCCGCUGUGGAAGCCGUAUUUCCACGAGACGGGGGUGUACUGGGUUUGUCGGGAUGAGUACGGGCAGGAUGUGGUGAAUAACUACAAGAAGCUAGGGCGCAAGGCGGAGAUUGCGGCGUAUCCGCUGGAGGAGGCGAGGAAGAUGUAUGGUGGGUUGUUUGAUAAGGCGGAUUAUACGGAUGCGAGGGAGGUGCUUGUGAAUAAGACGAGUGGGUGGGGGGCUGCUGGGGAUGCGUUGAGGGCUGUUACGAGGGAGGUCAUUAGGCUGGGUGUCAAGUAUGUGCAGGCCGAUGUCAGGACUCUGCUGUUUAAUGGGGAUGAGUGUAUUGGAGUCAAGACUGCGACGGGGGAGGAAAUUAAGGCUUCCAAGGUUGUUUUGUCUACCGGUGCCUUUACGGCGAAGUUGCUGGAGUAUAGCGCUGCCGCUACUGGGAAGGAGGAUCUUAGGGCUGGACCCAGGAUUGUUGCUGGAGGAAUCACGACGGGGAUGGUGACGCUGGACGAGACGUCGUAUGACAAGUUUGCGAAGAUGCCGGUUGGCUUCCAGGGCUAUGCCGCUGAUAAAGGUCCCUUCCUGGGUACUCUUCCCCCAACGCCAGAGAAGCAGCUGAAGUGGUGGGGAGCGACGAUCUUCAGCAACACACAAGAAGUCCUCCCCGGACGAUUCGUAUCAGCACCGCCAACAGACCAAGAUUACUCUCAGUGGAACGUGUCCAAGAAACUGCAAGACGACGUCCGCUACUCCGCGCGCAUGUUCUACGGCUCCCAAACCGCCUCCUGGAGCUUCGACAAAUUCCGAGUCUGCUGGGACGCAUUCACCCCAACCGGAGACUUCAUCAUCUCCCCGCACUCCGCUGCAAAAGGCCUGUAUGUGGCGACAUGUGGCUCCUUCCACGGCUUCAAAUUCUUCCCCAUCAUCGGGAAAUACAUUGCGCAGAUGCUAGUGGGGGAACUUGAUUCACAUCUCACACAAAAGUGGGCUUGGGACCGCACAGCCGAGCAGCUGGAUUCGUCUCUUAAUCCGGAGUGGCCCAGGUCGGAAAUGAAGGAUAUGCUGGAUGCGAAGGUUGUAGCAAAGCUUUAGUAGCGAAAUUCUGAACAAAGCGAUAUGUUUUGCAAUUUGAUAUGUAAGGACUCGUUGCAGCACAUAAUGUCUAGUGUAAGAGAACGGUUCCACUUGCCCGUCCGUUGCGCCGCGGCCAAUAUCAAAGGUAUUAAUAGUCCCAGC